AAUACUUCGAUAAUCAUUCUGGAAAUAUGUUCAAAAAGAAAAAGAUAGAAAGUAGGAAACAGCAAUUUGACGGAAUUUACGGUGUGAAUAAAGAAUUUACAAAACUUUCUACCGGAUGUAUAUCAACAGUUUUUCAUACCAAAGAAGGACAAUUGAAACCUAAAUCAGUUGAUUUCUUACGUUGGAAGAACAGACAGGCACAUAAAACUAGUGAAUAUGAGAUACCCAACCUUAUCAUCAGACGCGGUCAAAUGUUUGACAUCAGCAUUACAUUCGAAAGAACAUUCUCCUGUCAACAAGAUGAACUAGUUCUUAAAUUUGUAACAGGACGACAACCCUUACAAAGUAAGGGAACAGUGGUUGCAGUACACAGGAAGAAAGUGCUGGAUGAUAAAUCAUGGGGUUACCAACUUGUAAGAGUAGAGGACAAACAAGUGCACCUUAAGGUAAGCACCUCACCGGAUGCUAUUGUUGGUCGGUACAAUCUAUUUAUAGAAACAACGCACAAAACUGACCAAGGAGAUCAGGAAAAGUACAGAUAUGCCCAACCAGAUGAUAUCUAUAUUCUGUUUAACCCAUGGUGCCAAGACGAUCAAGUAUUUCUUGAAGAAGAAUCUCAGCGACAAGAAUAUGUCCUCGGUGAAACAGGACGUAUUUGGUUAGGCACUGUCGGAAAAUUUUGUGUAAGGCCGUGGAAUUUUAGCCAGUUUGACGAUGUGAGUCUUGUAGCGGCUAUUGCGAUCAUGGAGAAAUCUGAACUUGGAGAUCAGGCUAGAGGCAAUUCUGUAUUCGUUCUUCGGGCUCUUAGUAGAGUUUUCAACACUAAUGAGAGAGACGGUGGAGUUUUGGUAGGUAACUGGUCAGGCAAGUAUGAUGACGGUGUGGCACCACAUGCAUGGAAUGGUAGUGCUGCUAUUCUCGAAGAAUUUCUAAAGAAACGGAAAGGUGUUAAAUACGGACAAUGUUGGACAUUCGCUGCUGUAGCAACCACGGUAUUCCGAGCUCUUGGCAUACCAACAAGGUGUGUCACAGUGUUUAAAGCAGCACAUGACAGCGACUACAGUUCUCCAAUGGACUCUCAUUGGUCUAUGGACGGCAAACCAAAGACGUCUAUGAGUGAUACAAUCUGGGAUUUUCAUGUAUGGAAUGAAUCAUGGUGCAAGCGACCAGAUUUACCCCCAGGAUAUGAUGGCUGGCAAGCAUACGACCCCACUCCACAGGAAUGUCUUGAAGGAGUGUUUACGUGCGGUCCGGCGCCAGUGAAGGCCGUUAGACACGGUGAAAUUUUUUAUGGUUAUGACACAAAGUUUUUGUUUGCGGAGGUUAAUGGCGACAGAGUUCACUGGACCGUUGACCAAGAGGGAAACAUGACACCUGUUGCAAUAGAGGAAACUAUAAUGGGCAAAUUCAUCAGUACUAAAGCUGUUGGUACAAUUUCAAGGGAAGAUCUCACAAAUGCAUAUAAGUUCAACGAAGACAGUGAUGAAAAGCGUGUCACAGCCGAGCUUGCAAGAAAAUUGAGCUCUAGAAGAAAGACAAAUAUAGAAGAACCAAGCUCAGUUGAUGUUGAAUUUUACUUAACAUGCGACAUGAAGCGCUGUGGAGAUUUUAGCACUGUCAUGAAAAUAAAGAACACAAGCACGGAAUCUCGAACAGUUGAUGUACAUUUAACUGCAUUGUCAUGUAGAUAUACUGGAAUUCAAACUACUGAAUUGAAGGAUGCAUAUUCAACAACAGUGUUAGAACCUGAUGCAGAGACUGAAGUUACAUUACAAUUGAAGUGUGUGGAUUAUAUAGGAAGUGUUGAUUCAGAUAGCCACCUUAACUUAUAUGCAAUGACACAUGUAAAAGAGACAGGGCAGCGAUACAUUUACGAAGAGCCGGUUUGGAUAGAGAAACCCCAUAUAGAAUUGAAGACGGAAGGCAGUGCUCAUGUCGGCAAAGCAUUUGACGUGAUCAUAAAGUUGGUAAAUCCAUUAAGUGUGCCGCUUACAGGGGCGCUGUUAAAUGUUGAGGGACCGGGAAUGCAAAGAACAUCGGCAAUCAAAAUCAAAAAAUCCAUUGCUCCGGGGGAAGAACUCCGUGAAGUUGUACAAAUGAAGUCGAGACGGUUAGGAAGAAAGGAAAUCAUCGCAAACCUGCAAUGUAAACAACUGAGUGACGUCACCGGUGUUAUAGAAAUAGAUGUUAUUGAAGAAAAUCGCACGUAGAUCUAUACACAACCGGUGGUACAAAAAAUAGUGUCAAAUGAUGAUUACUUGAAACUUGAUAGUAUAUUUUGUGGUGUAAUUGUGCAAAUUCUUGCUCAAAAAAACUUUUCAACGUAUGUACUGUUGGGAUUUUUAGCAAGUUUUGAUAAAAUGUUUUCAAAUACAUUACAUAAACAAAUGAAAGUUGAGUUCCGAAGAGAACCUAAAAUUACCAAUGUUUUGUCAGAUUUUAAUUUGCAAUGAUAGAAUUGAUGAUUGGCAAUGGUGCUGAUGUAUGUUGUGAAGAUUAGGUAGGAAUUCUAAUAAUUUGAACUAGUAAUAUUUUCAUCAGUCUUGACCUGCGAAUGUUUCUUCUUAUGGGUGUUUAGAUAUACCUUUAUAAAUCAUGCUUUUAGGUGCUUUACUCUGUACAUGAUGAGAAAUGGAGCGAUUGGUGAGAAGACUAAAUGAAUAUGUAUAUAGUAUAAAAAAUGCAAGUUUUCUUCUUUAAAAUCAAGAAUUCCUGCUACAUUCACUUACUUAUUAAAGGAAAAUAAAAUGAUUCAAUGUAAAAAAUACAAUAAUUACAUGUUUCUUUUCCGUAUUCUAUGGAUGAGAAAAAUGUAAGGUUGUGUAGAUAUAUAUGGGCUUUUUUAAUUAACUCAUUAAAAAGAUUACAUUGACUGGUGUGCUAUUAUCUUUGCACUUACGAGUAGUUCUUAAAGCUUAGAGACUUUUAAAAGCUGCAGAUAGAUAGGUUUUCUUAAAGUGUAUAUUUUUAUCGAACAAGGUUACAGGUACCUAGUAUUCAUUUUGUGCAAUAGCUGAAAUUUUAAUUUGUAAAUGGUUUGCCACUUCCCAAAGGCGAUUUCAUAAAAUAAAAUUUUGUUGUUACUUAGGAGACGACUAAUAAAUACUUGUUUUUAUUUCUUUAUAUAAAAUAGUUUAUUAGAAGUAUUUCAGUGUUGUUCUAACAAUUAUGUCUUAUGUCCUUAAAAUACUGAUGUCUCUGUAAAUGUACCGAAUACAAAGGUGUGUUUUAUAUUUGUUAUCGCCAAAGUGCAAUAUAUACUAAUACUCAUUUAGAACCAUAUUUCAUUGCAUUUUUUUCUGUUUGAAGUAUAUUCUAUAAUAAUAAAUUAUCAAUAUAAGAAAAACAUGUUGUU